UUAGUUAUAUAUUUGUUGGUUUAUGUUGAACGCUUGCUUUCGUAUUCGGUAAUUGCUUUGAUUCCGUGCAUAACGUUCUCUUGUCGAUCUGGAUUUCUCAACCCUACCGAGGUUUUAGUGGAACUUGUCGUGGUUUAUCUUCGCCAAUCAACAGUUGGUGAUUGCUGCGAUGUGUUUGGAUUUGAUUUGAUAUGAACCGUACCGGUUAUUGAUUUUCAAAGCCCUCUUUUGUGACGACUCUGCUGGCUUGACUCAAACACUGUUUGUGUACUGAUUAUAGGAGAAAAUUAAGGUGUACAGUAGCAUAUCGACGCUGCUGUAGCGCAAUCCUUAGCUUGCUACUGCGCUUUGCGCGUGGAUAUCUAUAAUUUCAUGUUACCACAGGGUCUACCUAUGCAUCUCUUAUAAUAUGCCACGAAUUAUUGUAGAUUUCUGAAAAUUUGUUUUGUUAAGCUUGGAACUGCAGUUCUGUGUUUGUAUCUGUUGAUGCAUUGUUACUUUUAACCGAUGAAUAAUUAGGUUUUUGUUUACUACUGCUUUGUUACUCCAGGUCUGUGGUUUUACAGUUUUAAAUUUUGAUAAAUAAGGCCAACGCAAAGACAAUGACAAAGAAGAAAAAUUCCCUGGUGUUUAUGGAUGUGUCCAUCGACGGGGAUCCUGUUGAAAGGAUGGUUUUUGAGCUUUUCUAUGAUGUUGCACCCAAGACUGCAGAAAACUUUCGUGCAUUAUGUACAGGAGAAAGAGGUAUUGGUCCAAAUACCGGAAAAUCACUGCACUACAAGGGUUCUUUCUUCCAUCAGAUUGUAAAAGGUUCCAUUGUGCAGGGUGGAGAUUUUGUCAAUCGAAAUGGGACUGGUGGAGAAAGCAUAUAUGGUUCAAAAUUCCCAGAUGAGCCACCUAGGCUGAAGCAUGAUGCUCCUGGCCUUUUAUCAAUGGCAAUAGCAGACCGUGACACUCUUGGUUCUCAUUUUAUUAUCACUUUGAAAGCUGAUCAUAAUCUUGAUAGGAAGCAUGUUGUCUUUGGGAAGCUUGUGCAUGGGCAUAAUGUAUUGAAGAAAAUUGAAGACGUGGGUGAUGAAGAAGGGCAUCCAACUGUAACUGUUAAAAUCAUUUAUUGUGGUGAAUAUAGCGAGGAUGGGAAGAAGGUAAAUAAAUCAAAAAUGGGAAGGGAUGGAUCUUCUGAAGCCAACAGUCAUGAAACACGGAAGAAGGGAAAGAAUAAAAAAUCCUCAAAAGACCGAAGGAAAAGGAGAAGAUACUACUCAUCUGUAUCGGGGAGCUCUUCAGAUUCUGACACGGAAUCUUCAGAAACUGAUAGUGAUUCUGAGUCUGAUAUAUCUUCAUCAUCUUACUUGAGUUCUUCUAGUGAUGACAGGCGAAGGAAGAGAAAGAGAUCUAAGAAAGAUAAAUAUAAAAGGGGAAAAAGAAGAGAUAAACGCCGUGACAAGAAGCGAAGGAGAAGGGAUAAGAGAUCGAAGCGGAAAUCAAAAAGGGAAUCGGUCAGUGGUUCAGAUAGUGAGAGUAGCAGUGACAGUAGCUCUGAAGGUGAAGGUAUUGUUGCUCAACAUAAAGGGCCAAAGCGUAAAGAUCAUUCUCAAAAAACUGCUGAAAUAAAGUCUCCCUUGGUUGAGAAAGAUUUGUCUCCUGGGCAUCAUAAAAAGGAUGAAGUGGUUAUGCCAGGGAAAGGGGAAAAUUUCUCGAAGGAAAAUGGAGAGCGACACAGCAAUGGCAUUGGAGGAGCUGACUACGAAUCUGACAGAAGUGCAGAGAGGCAGCCUGACGUUAUGGAUGAUCAUUCGGGCAAAACUAGGAGUCGAAGCGUGAGUCCUAAGCGAUCCAUGAGUAAGAGUAUGAGUAUUAGUCCCAGGAGGAGUGAGAGCAAGAGCCCAAGUGUCACUCCUAAAAGGAGAUUGAGCAAAAGUCCAAGUGUUAGUAGAAGCCCUCCUCAAUCACGGAGGAGUUUGAGCAGAAGUCCUGCUAGAAGCAUCAGUAGGAGCCCAAGCAGAAGCAUCAGUAGAAGCCCAGUGAGAGGCAGGAAGGGGAGAAGCGUCAGUAGAAGCCCUGUGAGAACUCGUUCUCGUAGAAGUAUCAGCAAGAGCCCUGUAAGAUCCCAUUCUCAAAGCCACCGAAGCAGGAGUUCUCCCAGAGCAUCUUCAAGAAAAACAAUCAGCAGAAGCCCUGUACGAGUGUUGGAAAAGAGUGUAAGCCGCAGUCCAGUUAGAUCACCUGCAAGAAGUUUAAGCAGAAGCUCUGGUAGAGUUCCCUCAAAGAGAAGCAUCAGCCGAAGCCCAAUCAGAGCACCUAGUAGAAGCAAUCGCCGCAGCUAUUCUAGGAGUCCUAGCCCUGUUCGUAGGACAAGGACACCUCGUGGGAGGAGUGUUUCAAGGAGUGCCUCACCUGAUGCUUCACCAAAGCGUAUCAGAAGGGGAAGAGGUUUCAGUGAACGAUACUCUUAUGCAAGAAGGUACAGAACCCCCUCUCGGUCUCCUGUGAGGUCUUACCGCUACAAUGGAAGAAGUGACCGAGACAGAUAUUCUAGUUACAGAAGGUAUUCCCCUAGGCGUUUCAGGAGCCCACCACCACGUGGAAGGACUCCCCCAAGGUAUCGAAACAGGAGGAGCAGGACGCCAUCUGUUUCACGCAGUCCACGAUAUCGAGCUCGACGAUAUAGCCGAAGUAGAAGCCCAGUUCGAAGUAGGAGCCCAGUUCGUAGUCGUUCACCGGUUGAAACAUAUCGAUCACGGCCCUCUCCUCGUGUGGAGAGGCAUGCAUCUUCUUCUCGGAGCAGGAGCCCAUCGAGGUCCAGGUCCAGGUCCAGAUCUUCUGUUGAAUCUCCACCAAGAGCUAGUAGAGACAGCAGGUCCAGAUCAUCGUCCAGAAGUCCAGAUGGAAAGAAAGGCCUGGUCUCUUAUGGCGAUGCUUCUCCAUACUCGGGUCAAAGGUGAAGUAUGUGGCGUGGAGGGCUUGGGCUUUGGGUUACUGUAACCAUUAAUGAGCUAGCUAGUAGAGGCUUCAAUUUUUGAACUUUACCACCUGCAUUGCUUGCUGGAAUUCGUGGAUGACAUUUGUUUUUCUUUUCUUUGCCCUUUAUAGAACGCAGUGGCAUGUUGAAAGAUUCUAGUACUAGAAUAAGCUAGACGGUACUUGUGACAUUAGGACAGCCUUAGUUGUGAAGUUGUUGCGGUAUUUGUUGGAAUGUUGUUGCUCUAGUUUUGUUGAAUUUAUAAAAUCAGGUCUAGCUUCACUAGACCAUUUUUAUACUGCA